CGCCCAUUCACAUGGUAAAAGCUCUUUACCAACAACCAAUUUUUUUUUGAAAUGAUGGUACUUUGGUAUUAUUGUUGAAAAGUACGGUAAGAUGGUACUUUUUGUGCAAAAGAAUGGUAGAACAGUACAAAACUCGCUUUAUGGAGACGGUACUAUUUCCAUCCCUAUUCCUACUCAAAAACCACUCUCCAACCCAUUUUCUUCCCAACCACAUCAAAAAUCCUCUUUACUCAAAAACACUUUCUCUCUCCUGUAACGGUUUUCAUCUCAAUGUCUCGUCGCGGAUGAAUCCCUCCCGGAAAUUGCCGGGAUCAACCAUCUCAGGGUCAGGCGGUGGUGUUGGACGUCGUUCUCGCGGUGGAGGCGUCUACGGUUUCCGAGACGCUGGGUGCCGAACGUAAACAGAAGGCUACUCUACAGUCGGCUCCAUAAGAUUCCAAAUCGACCUGAUUACGGUAAACUGGGAAGUAAACUUCAAGCUCGUGUUAAUCAUUUUCAAUUGGAAGUUGCUGCUAAAGAUUUAUACUGUAAUGAUAUAUAUUGUGGCUUGUGGCUGGGAGCUAUUUUUUCUCUCCGAGUUUGGGGCACGUCCUCUCGGUGGUGGGACGGAAUAUUACAGAGGUUUUCAUCAAAGAAUUAGGCCAACCCAAAUGGGGUUUUCCUUAAACAUAGAUGUAGCUUCAAGAGCUUUUUAUGAACCAAUUCUUGUCACUGAAUUUAUUUCCAAACAUUUUAAUUUGGAUUUGUCAAGGCCAAGGGCACUGUCUGAUCAAGAUCGAGUAAAGAUUGAGAAAGUCUUGAAAGGUGUUAAGGUAAAACUAUCUAUCUCUUGGUGGGGAAAUAAGGAGGUGCAAGGUGACCGGUCUCUCAAGAGAGCCGCUUGGAGUCCUAACAAAUUAUAUGAAGCUAGUGAAGUGCAAUUUUGGAGUUGCAUUUGCUUUUCAAAUGAAGUGAGCCUUACUAAAUUUUGUACUAGAUUGGUUGAAAUGUGUCGAAGCAAGGGAAUGAUAUCUUGUUUGUUUGUAUUAUUUUAUGAGAUAAUUAUAUAUAUGUUUCCUCUAAUUUUUUACAAGUUUUAUUUUUGAGCCUGUGCCAAACUUUCAACCCAAAUCCUUUAGUAUCAAUAACCACACAGAAUGCAAGUCAAUUGAAAGUAAUCUUAAAAUUAACAAGUGUAAGGAAGCACUUGAUAAAACAAAGCAGGAGGGAAGACUGUAAUUGUCGAUAAUAAUUUUGCCUGAUUUAAAGGAAUCAUAUGGUAAGUUUCCGGGAUUGCGGCUUUUUUGGCUGACAUCAUUGUGAAAUUAUUCUUAAUUGAGUCUUACAUACACGCUUUAUUAUAUCUGUAAUACAAAACAAUUUGGUUAACAUAAUACAACCAUACCUUAUGAUUUAAUUUAGACUAGACAAUAAACUUAUCAUAUGAAUAUGAUUCCUUUAAAUUAGACAAAAUUAUUAUCAAUAAUUGUAGUUUUCUCUCCUGUUUUUUUAUCAAGUGCUUCCUUACACUUCUCGUUAAUUUCAAAAAUGUCACUUUCAAUUACUUGUCAAAAACUAGAGGAAACACAUAUAUAAUUAUUUCAUAAAAUGAUACAAACAACAUACCAAUCCCAUGGUUCGACACAUUCCAACCAAUCUGUUACAAAAUGUAGUAUGACUCACUUCAGUUGAAAAGCAAAUACGACUCCAAAAUUUCAAUUUACUAGCUUCAUAUAAUUUCUACAUAAUAAGAGGUUGACACUUAAAAAUUAAUGACAACAAAAAUCUAUACAUUAAUAGAGAGUAGAGACCCAAGAAUAAGAUCAUUCGUGUCAUUUCACACCUUCAUAAUCAUAUUCCAUUGACCCCUGAAAUCUGAGGUAAGAAAACAAAAUUAAAUUAAAUAUAACACAUCCAUAUGAUUUUCCAGAUUUUAUUAAGCAUAAACUAUUUAUACCGUCGAAGGAGGCAAAACAGGGGCAUCAACAAGCGCUAGCUCUUCCGCAACAUUGAAAGUUUGGCAUUAAAGAUUAAUGUCAAGGGCGUAGUUAUCCAAUAAAUGCCCACUUAUUUUGCUGCUAGAUUUUAUUUCUUGUAGGUUUUAAACAUGUUUUUCUUGACUGUAUUGUCUGGAGGGUGUAACACGGUGUUGAAUGAUGCAUUAAUAGAGAAAAGAAUUGAUCUUGUAACAGAUAAACCAACAAUAAUAUUUGGUGCUGAUGUAACACAUUAUAAGCCGGGAGAAGACUCAUGUCCUUUUAUAGCUGCGGGGUAUUGUUUCUGCCCAGGAUUCUUGCGAGGAGAUAAUUCAAUAUCAUUUUAUAAAAAAAGAGGAUCCUUAGAAGAGACCUAAGUAUGGUGGAAUGAUAAGCAGAUAAGGUAAUCUCUUGUUAGAUUUGUGGAUUCCUCAUGAUAAGACAUAGUUGAUUUUUCUUUUAAUUUUCAGGCAGUCACACAUUGCUUUCAAGAUAUUAACUAAGCUUGAGCCUUAAAGGAUUAUAUUUUACUGCCUAUCAGAGACGAAGGAGGUGAGGGACAGUUCAGUCAGGUUAUACUUUGAAGAGAUGAAUGCAAUUCAGCAUGUAUGACAUACCUAACUUUAUACUUUUUAUUUGUUUUCAAUAUUUAAGAACUGCUGUACACAGUGAACAUCUACUUGCAGACAUGUUUUAUAGACAGAAUUUAGGACUUUUCAAAGUUGGCUUUUUAUUGCACUACUGAAUUCUGUAUAUGUUUUAAUUUAUAAAUUUAUUUAUCAGGCUUGUCAUUCAAUAGAUCCUCUACAUCGACUUACCGUUACUUUUGUAGUGGUCAUAAAGAGACAUCACACUCGUCUGUUUCCUGUCAACAAGGAAGAAACCGAUAAUACUGAAAAUAUUAUGACGGGUUUUUUCAAUUUAUUUCUAGACCGUAUGGAACUGGUAUAUAUUAACAUUUUUGUUCUUCUAAAUUUUCAAAGGAACUGUGAUCGACACCAUCAUUUGUCACCCUAGGGAAUUUGAUUUUUAUCUUAGAAGUUAUGCUGGAAAACUUGUAAUAAUAGUUAUAUCUUUUAUUAUGCCAUUGUGUACUAUUUGUUGAUCAAUUGAAUUUGAAAGUUCUAUGAUAUUUGCUUAUGAACGUGUUCAUUUUGCAGCGGACUAGUAAACCGACUUAUUAUCAU